UGCGGGAAGUAGCACAAGAAACAAAGAAAAAGUGCGGCGUCGACUGACCGGAGUUAGCGGCGUUAGCCUGUGGUGUUGACAGUUACAAUGCUGAAUUGAAUUAAACCCAAAGACGGCUCAUGGUCUUCGGAUUAAAACAAGAAUAUAACAGAUCUUUCUGUUAACGAAAGGUCGUGUUUUGGAUAAGCAGGAUGGACCCUGCACUGCUGAGAGAGCGUGAGCUCUUUAAGAAGAGGGCUUUGUCCACUCCAGCAGUCGAGAAGAGACCGGCGUCCUCUGAAGCCUCUGGCUCUUCCAAGAAAAAGAAGAGCAAACCUGACAAAGACUCGUCAUCUAAAAACAAUGCAGACUCCAGUAAUGGAUCCUUCAAUCUCAAAGCUCUCUCUGGAAGCUCGGGCUACAAAUUCGGGGUCCUGGCACGAAUCGUCAACUACAUGAAGACAAGGCAUCAGAGAGGAGACACUCAUCCCCUAACCCUGGAAGAGAUUUUAGAUGAGACCAAGCUGUUGGACAUCGGCUUGAAGCAGAAGCAAUGGCUUAUGACUGAGGCCUUGGCAAGUAACCCCAAGAUAGACGUGCGUGAAGGGAAAUACGCCUUUAAACCUAAAUACCAUCUGAAGGACAAGAAGGCGCUGCUCAGGUUGCUGGACAAGCACGAUCAGCAGGGGUUAGGAGGAGUGCUGCUGGACGAUGUGGAGGAGGGCCUGCCCAACGCUGCCAAGGCCAUCAAAGCUCUUGGAGACCAGAUCAUAUUCGUGGCCAGACCCGACAAGAAAAAGAUUCUCUUCUACAAUGACAAACACUGUCACUUCGAAGUAGACGAAGAGUUUCAGAAGCUGUGGCGCAGCGUUCCAGUGGAUUCCAUCGACGACGAAAAGAUUGAAGAGUACCUGAAGAGACAGGGAAUCUCCUCCAUGCAGGAUACUGGACCAAAGAAAAUGACGCCGGUCCAAAAGAGGAAGAAGUCGGGAACGCAGAAGAAGAGACGGUUCAAGACUCACAACGAUCAUCUGAACGGUGUGUUGGAGGACUACACCGAUGGAGUCCCCAGUAAGAAGUGACUCACCUUCACGCGCGUCCGACGUGUGUUGGGAUGAAGACUCGGAACGCGAAGGUUGAUCGAUUGAUUGAUGUGUGUACACUGUAUCUCAUUGCCAAAACCACAUAGAGACUAACAGAGAAAAAAUUCUAAUGUGAAGUGACUGUAAAUAUUUUCUUGCCAGCACUUUAACAAUUAUGUUGAAGUAUGUAUUUUUUUUUUUUUUUUUUUUUUUUUUUUUAAAGAAUAAAACUGUAAAAUCAA